GACAGUGAUAGUAAAACUGAAAUAAUUCCAGAAAAAUAGGCGAUGCUCGAAGAAGGUUUUCGUUGGUUGUGUAAAUUUACCCAGCAAAAGCUCAAUAUUCUCUGUCGCAUUCUAUUGCAAACCCAUCUCUUUCGUUGGCUGAUCGAUACCUAUUUGAGACUAACGAAAAGCGAUAAAGUUGAGGGUAGGAAGAAAUUAGAAAUCGAUCAGGAAAUCAAACAAAGUGCAAAUGUGAACGCGGAAGUUAAUGUAAAAAGUGCGAAAAGCGAGAUUUCUAAAAGUCAAACAAACAUGGGGAUAGCACAUCCAAAGCCUACUCAUUAUUAUCCCCCUCCGCAAGUUGUAAAGCCUCCGCAAGCUGUAAAGCCCCCGCAAGCUGUGAAGCCCCCGCAGGUAUGUUAGUUAAAACAUAUAAAACAU